AUUAGAGUUUGAACGUCAACUUAGAGAUUUUUCUCGUUUUUCCCCCUUCCUCUUGCAUGUGCUGCGCUGAUGUGCAGCUGUUCUUCUUUUAUCCUCUUAUUUUAGCUGUUGUCCAUUCAAUAUUCAUUCAUCAGUCCAACCUCCCUCCUCGGUUCAAGGCUUUGGAUCUGAGAGUUCGUUUUGAGGCUAUUGAGCAAAAAUUGCAUGCUGAUUGCAAUGCCUACCAGCUGAAUCUCAAAUUCAACUGAUUUUGGACAUGCUAGCAGGAUAUAUUCUGAAGCAGCUGUAAUUACGUAGUCAGACACUAUCGAUUCCCCCAAGAGUGGGUGCUUGGAGCAUAUUGAUCUUCAUCUGUUCACCAGAUCUGCAACGUAUUCUCUGUAUGAUUUAAGGCUGAAAAUUUGCAUGUUAUCACAUUAAGUUGGAAGCAAUGGCGCUUUCUUUUCUAAAUAUAAUGAACAUAUCAUUAGAUUGGGCAUUUGAUGCUCCUCCUUCUCGGGCUGUUGUUUUUGGUGUUCAUAUUGGUGGGCAUCUGGUUGUGGAAGCUCUUCUUGUGAUAGUUAUAGUUUUCCUCCUGUUGCAGAAGAGUUACAAGCCUCCUAAACGGCCUCUGACAGAGAAGGAAAUAGAUGAACUUUGUGAAGAGUGGGUUCCAGAACCUCUUAUUCCUCCUAUUACUGAAGAAAUGAAAUAUGAACCACCAAUACUGGAAAGUGCUGCACGGCCUCAUACAGUAGUCAAUGGCAAGGAAGUUGUGAAUUUUUCUGCAGCGAACUACCUUGGGCUAAUAGGACACAAAAAGUUACUUGAAUCGUGUACUGGAGCACUUGAGAAAUAUGGUGUUGGUUCUUGUGGUCCUCGUAAUUUCUAUGGAACAAUUGAUGUUCAUCUUGAUUGCGAAACUAGGAUUGCAAAAUUUUUGGGAACUCCUGAUUCAAUCCUCUAUUCUUAUGGAAUUUCUACCAUGUUCAGUGCUAUUCCCGCCUUCUGUAAAAAGGGAGACAUAAUUGUUGUGGAUGAAGGUGUCCACUGGGCAAUACAAAAUGGCCUACAGCUUUCCAGAAGUACCAUUGUGUAUUUCAAGCAUAAUGAUAUGGAAUCUCUGGAAAGUACCUUGGAGAAAAUUACACGUGAAAAUAAACGAGCAAAGAAUGUGCGGCGUUACAUUGUGGUUGAAGCUAUAUACCAGAAUUCUGGCCAAAUAGUUCCCCUGGAUGUGAUCAUUAGGUUGAAAGAGAAGUAUCACUUCCGAGUUUUGUUGGAUGAAACCAAUUCAUUUGGUGUGCUUGGGGCUUCUGGAAGAGGUCUCACCGAACAUUGUGGGGUUCCGGUUGAGAAAAUUGAUAUUAUUACUGCUGCAAUGGGGAAUGCAUUAGCUACAGAGGGAGGAUUCUGCACUGGAAGUGUUAGAGUUGCUGAUCACCAACGUCUCAGUGGCUCUGGAUACGUUUUCUCUGCAUCUUUGCCUCCUUAUCUUGCAAGUGCUGCAAUUACUGCUAUCGACCUCUUGGAGGAAAAUCCUGAUCUGAUUACAAGGCUGAAGGAGAACAUUGCCAUAUUAUGGAGAGGCCUAUCAGGAACACAGGGUCUUUCAAUUGCUAGUAAUCCAUUGUCGCCCCUUGUGUUUCUCAAACUAAAGAAGUCAACUGGUUCCUUCAAGAAUGAUUUGCAACUGUUUGAAGAUAUUGCGGAUCGUAUGUUGAGAGAAGACUCGGUGUUCGUAGUGGCUUCCAAAAGGUCGACACUUGAUAAGUGCAGGCUUCCUGCGGGCAUCAGAUUGUUCGUAUCAGCUGGUCACUCAGAGGAGGAUCUGCUCAAGGCAUCCGAGUCAUUGAAGAGAGCUGCGUCAGCGGUGCUGUCAGGCUACAAUUAAUAAGUACUCGUUUAAUUGUUUGUUGUACCAGCAAUUACCCUCCAUAAACGGUGGUUACUAGGAGAAAGUGAAAGAAAUCCGGCAGAUAUUUAGUUCGAUUAGAUACUUUUUUUUUUCUGUUUUUUGGUGUCAAAAUUUCUCUUGUAAAUAGAGUUGAGUAUGGUUUCAUGAAAUUAGAGUUGUUUUAUAAUUUAUUGACGGAGGAUGGGCUUUUGGGAGACUCCAAACGAUUUAAAUACAUUUAUAGACCAUAUAGUUAGAGCUCGUUGGACGUUCAUGUAAUGUCCAAGACAAUUGUUUAAACCUGCAAUAACUCUCA